AUGAAUAAAAAUAUAUAUUCAUUGCCUUAUGAAAUAAUUUAUCAAAUUUUUUCGACCCUUUUAUUUACAAACAACAAUAGGAAAAAAGAUUUGUAUAGCUGUUUACAAGUAAAUAGUUAUUGGUGCAAAAUUAGCUUGUCCAUAUUAUGGAAAAACCCAUUCAAAGAUUUUUUAUAUGUCAAAUAUAAACGUGAUAUUAAAUUGGAGGCUUUGUUUAUCAGAACUUGUAUUUUAUGCUUGCGAGAAGAGGCUAAGGCUAAUUCGCCAGCGAAAAAUAAAAGUAUCACUAGUAAAGAUGGCAGAAAAGAAGAUUCGGAUGAGAGUUUAUCAUUGUCGAUUUUUAAAAAACCUUUAUUUAAUUAUAUCAAAUUUAUAAAAGUUUUAGAUUAUGUAAGAUUAUACGAAUGUGUUGAUUCUUGGGUUAAACAAUGUGGUGAUUACGAUUCCACAAAUCAAGUAUCGGCAUCAUCGCUUAAGCAUUCUUUUCGUAAUUAUUAUGGAAAUUUUUCUAAAAGAAUUUAUUACAAUGCUAUCAAUGGCAACGAUUAUCAUUAUGACAAACAAUUUAAAUAUCCAAAGCAUUUAUUAGAAGGAUUUUGUAAAAAGAUUGAUGAGCUGGAAUGUUUAACAUUAAUGGAUUUUAAAUAUCCGGAAUUUUGGAAACGAUUUCAACAAAAAUUUAAGAGAAUUAAAAAUUUGGUGAUUUUAUUUGGAAAGUUUGCUAUUUCUGAAAAUGAAGAAGGUGGUUUGGAAAUAGCAAAUUUAAUUAGAAAUAUUGAAGGUUUAGAAUCAUUAUCAAUUAUAGGCGUGGUAAAUAAAGAUAUAUUAAUAUACGAUAAUGAACCAAGGAUUGAUGGCAUUUUAAGAGCAAUUGAAUAUAAGGUUCAGUUCGUUAAGGAGUUAACAAUUGAAUUUGUUCCAAUAAAAAUAUUUAGAAAUUUAGAGGAUCAAGCUAGCAUUUACUGGAAUAUUAAUGAUGAUGAUAUUAGAAAUUUCGAAAAUUUAAAAGUUUUAAAUUUUAAACAAAGUACAAUUGAUUUUGAAAGCGUUGCAAAAUUAAUUAAAAAAACAGGUCGUAAUCUUUUAAAAAUUAAAUUAACCUGGGGAUAUGUUGAUUUGAAUAGCGAAGGAUAUUUUGAAAUGAAAAAAUUGGAUAUCAGUAAAGAUAUGAAAGAAUUUGGUCAGAUAAUUAAUGUCAAAUCUUUAAUUGAAGUGAAAUUUGAUUCUAGAAUAUAUAUUAGUAGUGAUGGAAUUAAAGACUUCUUACAGUCUGUUGAAAAGAAUUUCAAUUUGAAUAAUAACAUUGGCGAUCAGAAAUUUAUUGUUGAAAGUUGGAGAGCCAUGUGUAUUCAAAGAUCAUCACUCCUAGCUUUGAAACCCAGUAGCUCUGCAAACUUCUAUGAUAAUAAUAAUAAACUGAUGGGAAUGUAG